AUGCGAUGCGCGAGCAAGGCCGCCGAGAGCGCGUCCGCGCGUCUCUGUGCGGACGCCGAAGCAGAAACCACAGCAACUGAUGUCUCAUCGGUUGCUGAAGCGACUCAGCCUGUGUCACUUGGUGAUGCAGGCGCUUGUCAUGAAGACACUCAUGUCUUCACAGAGUAUGAGCUCGGUGUCUCAUACUCUCCUGAUACGGAAGACGGAUCCGUAUCGACGGCGAUUGAAUCCAAGCCGCCUGCCAAGCGUGGCAUGGACGAUGCUAUGCGUCGCAGCAUCUUUGGUUCAUCCGAUGAAUCAGAUGAACCAUCGCCGAAGGAAGGCGCUCGAGGUCGCGAGACUCGGGAGCUAACAGUGGUGUCGGUUCUCCUAUGGACACCACUUCGCAACGAGGAUCCAUCACCUUGA